GACACAUCAUACAUUGACAAUUGCGAGAAGAUUUAACAUUAUCAUUUUAUAAAUAAUUCAAAGAGUAUUGCCGAAUAUAUGAAGCAAUAUAAAAUACAUUUCAAACAUUUUCUUUGUGCACACCAGGUUUAAGUUCUCUUUUCAACAUUCGUGGUUUCUAACUUGAUAACAAUAAAUAAAUAAAUCGUGAACUUUCGUGUAUAUGCGGUCGCGAAAAACAAAGAAAAUUGAAAUUGUUCAAUUUGUAAGGCAUAAAAAAAAUUAAGAAAAUUCAUUUUAAAUGUCCAGUUCUUUGGAUAUUCUCAGAAAGAGAUAACAAUUAUUUGAUUAAAGUUCUUCCAAAAUGGCUGCAAGUGAUACAUCUGAAAAACUCGAGGGCCAUCUCAAAUUGCUGAAAGAAGAAUACACGAAAUUGCAACGAAAUUAUGCGGAACUUGAAAGAAAAUAUUGCAAAGCAGCUGCAGCUCUUGGUGAGAAAGAUUUGGGGGAAUUUAGCAGCUUUGUUUCUCGCUUGAUAAUGACAGUGGCCACACUUUAUGGACGAAAAACAUAUUCCGAUGUAACGAUUCGAUUAAAUGACAAAACUAUACCAGCACACAAAUUCGUUCUAAAUGCUCGAUCCGAGGUAUGGAGCGAGGAAGAAUUGGCCGACAUAAACGUAUUGGAUUGGAGCGACCUUGAAUCAGAUAUCGGCUAUGCGCUGCUCCGUUGGCUUUAUACUGACAUAAUUGAUCUACAACACGACUCGUUAGCAUUGGGCCUAUUGCGGGCAUCCCAUCGGUUUCAAUUGCCUGGGCUGUUGGGCUUAUGCGAACGUGCUUUAGUUUCAUCGGUUGGAGUACGUUCAUGCGUUCGAUUUUAUUGUGUUGCAGAAGAGGUUGGCGCUUAUAGCCUACUCGAAUAUUGCUCCGGUUUGAUUUCAACAAAUUGGGAUGACUUAACUCCGCAGGACUUCGAGCAUAUGACCAGUCCAUUACUGUACAAAAUGCUCAAAACUAAAAGUGAUCAUCCAUUACAUGUAGCUGUCCGACUUAUGCGUGAGGAUGUGGUUUUUUUGUGUUUAGUUGAGAAUGAUGACUCG